AUGGCUCUUCUUUUACUCCUAUUCUCACUAAUCUUCUCGCUCGUCGGUCGUCCGCCUGUCGAUGCCUUCCUCGCAUCGGCAUUUUCUUCGGUUUCACAAGCUGGAAAGACUUCGAACUGCCACGAUUGGAGUGAAUACGGACCGUGCUUCAGGUAGCUGUUUGUGUUUUUCCACUGUUGAUCAUAGUUCAUUCGGAACUUGGCCUUCAAAAGUUCCUAUCAUCUUUGUUUAAAAAUUCUCGUCAGAUGACCGUAUGAUCUUUUCUAGUACCUCCGAUCGAUCCUUCUGGCACCGUCUCCCCCAACAAUGCUAUCAAAACCGUUACAUGUCUGUACGUGACCGGUCUUUCCGUUCUCCCACAAUCAAUCUUUUUGCAGCUGAUAACCGGUAUCGGAAAUCCGAUUGUGCAGAAAGUGAUGGACUACGCGGAGCUCUUCAACAAAUCGGCGGAUGCGUGUGGAAUGUGCAACGUGCAAGUCGCCUGUUCGCCCCGUUGUGACUACGUGACCGGGUAACUCGAAAAACGGACGAGACAAACAAAAACGAGGAUUCAGAGGCAACUCGUUCGGCGUCGUCGACCGGAUUUGCGACUUGCCGACGGAGAAACAGGCGUGUGCGAUGACUCCGCAGGCGUUCGACGAAAGCAGCGGACUGUGCAAAGUGUGGCCGCCCAGGUACGUCUUCUCGAAGAGCGGCACAACUCCUCCUCCUCCUCCUCCUUCUCCUUCUUCUUCUUCUUGAUGCGAGAUUCAGAUACACAACGGCCGUUGACUUCCUCGGAGCCCUCGUUCCUCCGAACAUUCGUGACCAAGUGUGGGCUCUGAAACCUCUCAACUGCAUAAGCAUCAAUGGAAAGUGCUACUGCUGCUGCUCGCCGUACACUCCGAACCCUUGCGACGCCCAGUGCACUCUUCAUCCGUGCUCGAGAAGACAGUCGUUCUCGAAGACGCAGAUCAAGAUUCUGCGAAGGAAAUGGCUUCAGAAGCAAGAAGAAAGAGCGGAUCGAGAGGAGGGAGCAGAAUGA